UUCCUGUAGCUGUUCCUUCGAUUCGCCGUUCGAAGAAUUUAGUCGUCGGCAGCCAUUGAUGAAUCGAAAACACUAACUUGAAGCAUCGAAUUUCAUCCCUUUUUCACCUUCGCAAACGGUGUGGCCCGAAGUCGAAGGAUAGCAGAAUCCGCCGCUGUGGCGUCGCCCCGUCCCGAUUGUUGCUCCAUGAACCAUCUCCCAACUUAGCAUAUAUGGCUCAUGGCACACCAGACCGAUUGCUUGGGCGCGCAUUUAACUCGGCAAGAUUCGGGCGAAACAAGAUGGAAAAUAGAAAUGGAAAGCAUGUUCUUCGCCAGUCUCCGCUGUGCAGGUGCAAGGUGGCGCCUCCUGCCUUUCCAAUUUCCAUCCAUAGGUCAAUCCUCUUUGAAAGCUUCUCUUUCGGAUUCCACAUUCCGCGUUACUGCUCCGUUCUGUUUCCUUUCGAUUAGGUCUGGUUGGAGUUGCAGAGAAAUCGAAUUUGAAUUAUUGUCGGGGAAAUGAGGGAGCGUUCGAGGUCUAGAGGUUGCCGCCGGUGUUGCCUGGUAAUGAUCGUAGGGUUCGUGAUUGCCCUAACUGUUGUAAUUGUUCUUAGAAGGAUGUCUAUGAAACAUUCCGAUUCGUCGGAGCUCGGUCCUGUUCCAGGUCCUCCCGGCGCCGUUGACAAGAAUUACGCCGAUGCUCUGAAGCUCGCGUUGCAGUUUUUCGACGUUCAGAAAUCUGGUAAAUUGGAGAACAACAAAAUAAAAUGGAGAGGAGAUUCGGCUCUGACAGAUGGGAGCGAGGCGAAGCUGGAUCUUUCUAAAGGAUUGUACGAUGCCGGCGAUCACAUCAAGUUUGGAUUUCCAUUGGCCUUCACUGCGACGGUGCUGUCUUGGGCCAUCCUCGAAUAUGGAGACCAGAUGCAAGCGGUGAAUCAGCUGAAGUCUGCUCGUGACUCGCUCAGGUGGAUCACCGACUACCUUGUUAAUGCUCAUCCUUCCGAGAAUGUGUUCUAUAUUCAGGUGGGGGAUCCUGAAACAGACCAUGGAUGUUGGGAAAGGCCGGAAACGAUGACAGAGAAAAGGCCACUGACGCAGGUGAACACUUCUGCCCCAGGAACAGAUGUUGCCGCCGAAACUGCGGCAGCCAUGGCAUCGGCAUCCCUGGUUUUCCAGUCAGUUGACUCCGACUAUUCAAGCUUGCUGCUUAAGCAUGCCCGCCAAUUGUUCAACUUUGCUGAUAAACAUAGAGGCUCGUACAGCAAGAGCAUACCCAAAGUCCAGAACUACUACAAUUCAACGGGUUACAAAGAUGAGCUCUUGUGGGCAGCUGCCUGGCUCUAUCAUGCUUCCGCAGAUGAAUCAUACUUGGAUUAUGUUACCGGCCACAAUGCAAAUGGUUUUGAUUGGGAAAGUUCUAGCUGGUUUAGUUGGGAUGACAAGCUUGCAGGAACUGAGGUCUUACUAUCCAGGAUAAGUUUUUUCGGCGGGAAAGACGACGCAGAAAGCCUGCAGAAUUACAGGCAAGGUGCCGAGGUUGUUAUGUGCAGUCUCUUGCCAGAAUCUCCCACGGCAACGACGAGCAGAACAGAGAGUGGUUUGAUAUGGGUGAGUGAAUGGAACUGUUUGCACCACGCCGUGGCUUCUGCAUUUUUAGCUCUACUUUUCAGCGAUUACAUGCUCACCUCCCGGACUGCAAAGAUCUCCUGCAGUGGUGAUUCCUACGGCCCAUCGGACCUUAGAAAGUUUGCAGCUUCACAGAUGGAUUAUAUAUUGGGCGAUAAUCCGAUGGAGAUGAGUUAUUUGGUUGGGUACGGGAAGAAAUAUCCAGAAUAUGUGCACCACCGGGGAGCGUCAAUUCCGGCGAAUGCAACGGCGGGGUGUAAGAAGGGGUGGAAGUGGCUGGAAUCCGCCGAGCCCAACCCGAAUGUGGCAGUCGGAGCGCUGGUCGGCGGCCCUUUCCUUAACGAGACUUACGUUGAUUCGCGCAACAAUUCCAUGCAAGGCGAGCCCACCACGUACAACAGCGCCCUCGUCGUUGCCCUUCUUUCUGGUUUGGUUACUACCUCUUCUCUCCCUGGUUCAUUCACCUAAUUAACCACCUGGAUUUUGCCUCCCUUGUCACCACCCAUUUGUGAGCUUAAUGAUUUCAUUCUUUUUUAUUUAUUGUUAUACGUGCCCUUUGUUUUAUAACACAAUAGUAACAAUA